AUGAAGACUCUGAAGACAGUGAUGCUGGUGCUGCUUGUCGGUCUGUUCUCUUUCGGUGUUUACUACGUGGGACAGCUUGGCAAGGACAGCGUCUGGAGGACUGCAGCGGAGCUCUUGCAUAUCCUUGGAGGCGACUGGAAGACUCAGAGGCCAGCAGCAGACAAGUUACCAGAAGUGCAGGGCAAAACCCUGAGCCUUCCAGAACAGCUACGUAAGCUCCAGGAGGAGCUUUUUCACCUGCGCUGGAGCGCAAAGGAUGUCACGGAGCGUGCUCUCCACGAAGCCCUGAAGCAGGCUAAGCUCCCAGGCUUUACCGGAUGGGCUGUUCAAGAGAUAAUCAAUCAAGUCUUGGUGAAGCUGGAAGAAAACCAAGUCCCAAUGCCUGAUUAUGCCCUCAAAUCAUCAGGGGCUGCUGUCGAUCCUUCACGGACUUCUCCAUCCUUCCGGACAUCAAAAGGAAAGGUUUUUUUGUUUUCCCUGCCACUGCUGGAUUACGUGAGGUCUCCUGAGGUUAUUCUUGAGCCAGAAAAUCAUCCGGGAAACUGCUGGCCUUUCCCAGGAAGUCAGGGACACGUCUUCAUCAUCCUGUCUGUGCCAGUUAUUCCCAAAGCAGUCACCAUGGACCAUGUCUCAGGGAUAACGUACCAUGGAGACAGUACCUCCACAGCUCCAAAGGACUUUGCUGUCUACGGCCUGGAGAAAGCAGACGAGGAGCAGGGAACAUUCCUGGGGCAGUUCACUUUCCUGGCGGCACUGAAUCCCAGACAGACUUUCCAGCUGAAGAACGAGCAUUCUGGGUUUGUGAAAUACAUAAGGCUGCAAGUGCUGAGCAACUGGGGCCACCCGGACUACACCUGCCUGUAUCGAUUCAGGGUGCACGGUGAUCCUCUCAAAGAUGGGGGAAAGGCAUUGUCCUAG